AUGUCAUUAUCUAUCUAUCUAUCUAUUGGUUUGUUUAUUUUAUCUAUCUAUCUAUCUAUCUAUCUAUCUAUCUCAGUCUCUUCAUUAUUCUAUCUAUCUAUCUAUCUAUCUAUCUAUCUAUCUAUCACAGACGCUUCAUUAUCUAUCUAUCUAUCUAUCUAUCUAUCCCAGUCUGUUAAUCCAUUCAUCCAUUCAUCUAUCUAUCUAUCUCUAUCUAUCUAUGUCGCUUCAUUAUCUAUCUAUCUAUCUAUCUAUCUAUCUAUCUAUCUAUCUAUCUAUCUAUCACAGACGCUUCAUUAUCAUCAUCUAUCUAUCUAUCUAUCUCAGUCUGUUAAUCUAUCUAUCUAUCUAUCUAUCUAUCCAUCCAUCCAUCUAUCUAUGUUGCUUCAUUAUCCAUCUAUCAUCCAUCCAUCUAUCUAUCUAUCUCAGUCUGUUAAUCUAUCCAUCCAUCUAUGUCGCUUCAUUAUCCAUCUAUCUAUCUAUCUAUCCAUCUAUCCAUCUAUCUCAUCUGUUAAUCAUCUAUCCAUCCAUCCAUCCAUCUAUCUAUCUAUCUAUCUAUCCAUAUCUAUCUAUGUCGCUUCAUUAUCCAUCCAUCUAUCUAUCUAUCUAUCUAUCUAUCUAUCUAUCUAUCUCAGUCUGGUAAUUUUCAUCAUCUAUCUAUUCAUCUAUCUAUCUAUCUAUCUAUCACAGACGCUUCAUUAUCUAUCUAUCUAUCUAUCACAGACGCUUCAUUAUCUAUCUAUCUAUCUAUCUAUCUAUCUAUCUAUGUCACUUCAUUAUCUAUCUAUCUAUCUAUCUAUCUAUCUAUCUAUCUAUGUAGUGUUUAAAAAUAUCAUCAGAAAGUUUUCAAAAUGCGGGAAAAGUUCACGGAACUGGCGAUUUCCGUUUAAUGAGGCCGAGUUCAAAGGCUGGUUUUAUCUAUCUAUCUAUCUAUCUAUCUAUCUAUCUAUCUAUCUAUCUAAGUCUGUUCAUUAUUCAUCAUCUAUCUCAGUCUGUUCAUUAUCUAUCUAUCUAUCUCAGUCUGUUCAUUAUCAUUCUAUCUAUCUAUUCAUCUAUCGAUCGAUCUAUCUCAGUCUGUUCAUUAUCUCAUCCAUCUAUCUAUCUAUCUAUCUAUCUAUCUCAGUCUGUUCAUUGUCUAUCUAUCUAUCUAUCUAUCUCAGUCUGUUCAUUAUCUAUCCAUCUAUCUAUCUAUCUAUCUAUCUAUCUCAGUCUGUUCAUUGUCCAUCUAUCUAUCUAUCUAUCUAUCUCAGUCUGUUCAUUAUCUAUCUAUCUAUCUAUCUAUCUAUCUAUCUAUCUAUCUAUCUCAGUCUGUUCAUUAUCUAUCUAUCUAUCUAUCUAUCUAUCUAUCUAUCUAUCUAUCUAUCUCAGAAUGUUCUUAAUCUCUAUGGCAGAUUCAGUUUCACAAAAAGUAUUUAUCCCCCGUCGCGCCAUGUUUUUCUUUGUUCUUUCUUUUGUCCUUCAUUCGCUCUUUUUCCAUACCUAACUCUCUGUCCAUUUCUCUUUAUUUCUGUUUCUCUUCUCCCCCUCUCUAUCUUUAUCAUAAACUUAAUGUCUACUUCUUUCUCACCCUAUCUCUCUUUCAGACACUCUUUUUCUACAUCCAUUGCUCUUUCUUCGCUUCUCAUUUUCUCAUUCUUAUUCCCUCAUUGGCUUACUCUUUUCUCGUCCCGUCACGUACCCUCUCCUUUACUAUCGCUUCUUCCCUAUCAUUUUCUCUUACUCUCUCUUCUUAAAACUGUCUUUUCUCCAACUGUCAGUCGCUUCAUUCUCUCUCUUUCUCCCUUAAUCAAUUCCUUCAUCUAA